CUCCACGGGGGCACCGCACAGUGGCCGCGGUGGCCCUCGGCGUGCGGCGGGCGCCCGUGACAGCGGCGCCGCGAGGCCCGUGACCCCGGCUCGGGACCGCUGCCGUCCUGGGCGGCGCGGCCGCGUGGCCCGGCGGGAUGGGGGGCGAGGUGGGGGCCCCGGCGGGCGCGCCGGGGCGCGUGCAGCGCCUGGGGCUGGUGUUCGAGGACGAGCGCCGGGGCUGCUACGCGAGCGGCGACACGGUGGCCGGCCACGUGCUGCUCGAGGCGGCCGAGCCGCUGGCCGUGCGUGCGCUGCGCCUGGAGGCCCAGGGCCGUGCCACGGCCGCCUGGGGCCCGAGCGCGGGCAGCGCUGCCGGCCCCGCGCCCGCCUCGGAGGUGGAGUACCUGAACGUGCGCUUGAGCCUGCAGGAGCCCCCGGACGGCCAUGGCACCCUCUUACUGCAGCCCGGCAAGCACGAAUUUCCGUUUAGUUUCCAACUGCCAUCUGAGCCGCUGGUCACAUCCUUCACAGGGAAGUACGGGGCCAUCCAGUACUGUGUGCGGGCCGUCCUGGAGCGCCCCGCGGCGCCUGCGCAGAGCGUCCGGCGGGAGCUGCAGAUCAUCAGCCACGUGGACGUCAACACCCCGGCACUGCUCAGCCCUGUGUUGAAAACGCAAGAGAAGAUGGUGGGCUGCUGGUUCUUCACCUCCGGUCCGGUCUCACUGAGUGCCAAAAUCGAAAGGAAGGGCUACUGUAAUGGGGAAGCGAUCCCCAUCUACGCGGAAAUAGAGAACUGCUCAUCCCGCCUCAUCGUCCCCAAAGCUGCUAUUUUCCAAACCCAGACGUACCUGGCCAGCGGCCGGACCAAGACCGUCCGGCACAUGGUGGCCAACGUGCGUGGGAACCACAUUGCCUCCGGGAGCACCGACACAUGGAACGGGAAGACCCUCAAGAUCCCGCCUGUGCCCCCAUCCAUCCUGGACUGCUGCAUCAUCAGAGUCGACUACUCCUUGGCUGUUUACAUCCACAUCCCUGGUGCUAAAAAGCUGAUGCUUGAGCUGCCCCUCGUCAUCGGCACCAUUCCCUACAACGGCCUGGACAGUAGGAACUCCAACAUGGCCAGCCACUUCCUCAUGGACAUGAGCUGGUUGGCCCUGGCUCUGCCUGAGCAACCCGAAGCGCCCCCCAACUAUGCCGACGUGGUCUCAGAGGAGGAGUUCUCCAGACACCCGCCAGCCGGGCCCGAGGAGGAUGCCUGCUGCCCCAUGCUGGCCUGCAUCCAAGAGUUCCGCUUCCAGCCACCCCCUCUCUACUCGGAGGUCGACCCCCAUCCUGCUGGCAUAGAAGACUCACAGCCAGGCCCCUCCGUGUUCUGAACAGACCCCCGUGGAGCACGGGGCCCUCCCCUGCCUUUGGGGGGAAGAGGGAAGGAAGAUAAACGUGAGACUGAGGAGCACCGAGCCUGGGAAGGGGUGCGCAGAGACACUGUCGCGCUCCGGGCUGUGGCCCCAGGGAAUUGGGCACAGGGUGGAGGACGCCCCACUGGGGAUAGACACCCCCAUGGGAAAAGCAAGGAAGGAGGCGGCAGGACCAUCGUGCCGGGCAGCCUCAAGAAGGCCCGGAAUUUUCAUGCCAUGUGGCCCCCUUGGGAGGCUGGACAUGGGAGUGAUGGGGACUCUCUGAGUAAAAGACACCCCAGUCAACACCGGUUAGUUACCCCUGGCAUCAAGCUUUCCUGAUCUCAGCCCACAACCAGGUUCUGGAAGGUUCUAGAAAGGAAGUUCCCCACCCUCAAGGGAUGUGCUACCCCCAGCUGUACAGUAUUAGGGAGGCUGGUGGACCCAAGGGACAGUUCAGUGUGGGACAGCCUGUCACAUCCCACUCUGUUCCCCACUGAGGCCGGGUCCCUCACCAUCUCUCCAAGGAGCACAGCUGCCAACUAGGGUGUUCCUCAUCUUUAGGACUCAGGUAUGGACGGCGCCAGGGCCAGACUCCUCAGGCUACCUGUGUGGUACGUGCUAGGUCAGGCCCGAGCCACCUUGUGGAAGCAAAAUGGGCGCCCCACCUCCCCACCCUAAGUCAGACUUGGUCAGGGAGCUGCCAUCCGGUCCUGGGAGUGGGCCAAGGGAUGAACAUGCCAGAAAGUAUUCUAGACAAACGCAGCAUCCCUGGAGGGUGGACGUAGCCUUUCGCACAAGCCUGGGAGAUGCAAGCUGACACCCCCCCCAACCCCCACUCUGUUGAACUGUGACUCUGUUUAUGAUUUUGGUGCAAUAUUUAAUUAUCAUUUAACCUCAGGAUCUUUAAAAAAAUAA